GUGGCAGAGUACAUCUCUCGCCCGAGAGAUUGAAAACGGGGAUGAGGAUAAGUAUAAGAAAUUAGGGAUGGCAUAGCUCUUCGGGGGGUGAACUCCGGAUCUCCCGCAUCGCGCCAUUUCGGCCCACUUUGAUGCUAUGAGCAUAACUUGCGAGACCAGCGAAAGCUAAGAAGGCGGGAUUGUAAAAAAAAAAAAGUGACGCACAUGAGGAUGAGGUGCUCGUCGAUCUUCACGAUACAAAUUGCAUGCUACCCCUCUAAUGAUGUCGUGCUAGAAAGAUUUCUCUUUUCCUCGAAGGCCUAGAGGCGGAACUUCAAAUUGGGUGUUAAGCUCGGGCACAUCGCGAUAGCAAUCAGUUCAAUCAGCAAACAGCAAUAAUGGCCGAAAGCAGUAAUGUAUCGGGGUCUGAGAAACCUCGCAAGUCACUGAUUCUCAAUGCCUUCGUGGAGAUGUGCAGUGGACACCAGUCACCGGGCCUCUGGCGCCACCCCGAUGAUGAGUCGCACCGUUUCAACGACAUUGAGCAUUGGGUGGAACUGGCACAGCUGUUGGAAUCAGCAAAAUUCCACGGCAUCUUCAUCGCAGAUGUGCUAGGCGGCUAUGAUGUCUAUAAGGGACCUCGAAAUCUUGACCCUGCAAUCGUCUCGGGCGCACAAUGGCCGGUCAAUGAGCCCCUGGCUGUCGUCCCCGCGAUGGCGGCAGCAACCAAGAAUAUCGGUUUCGGAGUCACGGUAACCACAACCUACGAGCCACCCUAUCACCUAGCAAGGCGGCUCUCAACCGUGGACCACCUCACCAAAGGCCGCCUUGGAUGGAAUGUUGUGACGGGAUAUCUUGACUCUGCGGCACGAAACCUCGGCAAAGCUGAACAGCCACAUCAUGAUGACAGAUACGCCCUGGCGGAGGAAUAUGUCAAAGUUACAUACAAGCUUUGGGAGUCCUCGUGGCGUCAAGACGCCGUUGUUCUUGAUCGCGAGCGUGGCAUCUACACUGAUCCAGCACGUGUGCGACAGAUCAACCACGUUGGAAAGUAUUAUAAUGUGCCGGGCCCUCAUAUCUGCCAGCCCAGCCCUCAACGUACUCCAGUCAUCUUGCAGGCUGGCACAUCCAAGGCCGGAAAGACAUUUGCGGCUCAACAUGCCGAAGCCAUUUUUGUGGCCGGUCAUAGUCCGUCCGUAGUUGCUAAGAACGUUGCUGAGAUUCGCCAGCUUGCAAAGACGGAGUUUGGUCGAGACCCGCAGAGCAUCAAGUUCUUGGCCCUGCUUUGCCCUAUUCUUGGUCGCACGGAGGAGGAGGCCAUCGAGAAAUUCAAGUAUUACCGCAGCCUGGGCUCGAUCGAUGGUGCUCUUGCUCUAUUUGGAGGGUGGACUGGUAUUGAUUUAGACAAGUAUGGUGAUGAUGAAGAGCUGCGUCAUGUCGAAAGCAAUGCUAUCAGGUCUGCCGUGGAGGGCUGGUCCAAGGCUACUCCUGAGGUCGCCAAAUGGACGAAGACAACAGUCGGUCAGCACAUCACCGUCGGAGGCCUCGGUGCUACUCCCGUAGGCACGGCAGCACAGGUUGCUGACAGCUUGGAACGCUGGGUACAAGAGGCGGAUGUUGAUGGGUUCAACCUGGCGUAUGCCAUUAAGCCCGGGUCUUUCAAGGAUAUCAUUGAACUGCUGAUCCCGGAACUGCGCCGGCGAGGACUCUUCUGGGACGAUUACGCGGUGCCGAAGGGAACUUAUCGUGAGAACUUAUAUUCAACGCCUGGCCAAGCAGGCCCGAGGGCUGACCAUCCGGCUUCCAAAUAUCGGUGGAAUGCUGGAGUUGCUGCUGAGGACCAUCCAGUCCCAGAGAACUGAGCAACGAAGGAAGGAGAUGAGCUACGAAGCGUCAAUGCAG